GGAUCACGGAAUCACAGUUUUUUAUCAGAAGACGAUGCCUUUGAUCUUGUUCCGCUCUACAUACCGGAUGCAACAAUGACAAUGGGUACGCUUUGGUCUUGGAUGGGCAAAAAUAGAACAUGGGAAUUGAACGUUGUUUUGCGAGAACAUCGCGACUUUACCUGGAAUGGCAUCAGCAACAUCAUUCCUUACCGAACUUUUGUACGAGCCACCAUGUCAUCUAUAUUCACAAUAGGGUACGCCCGCAAGUCUAAGACAAAGGAA